CGAAACUCGGGCACACUGCACCACUAACUCGCGUCGGCUUUGGUUGUAUUUUUCUGAAAUAGGGCAAAAGGAAUCAACAAAAAAUUUCAACUGAAUUAAUAAACAAUUUUUUGUACGUUGUAAUCAAUUCCUGCCCCGUCAAGAUGGUGAAACUAACACCCGAGUUGAUCAACCAGUCCAUGCAAUACAUAAAUCCAUGCCGUGAACGUGAGCUCGAUUUGCGCGGCUACAAAAUUCCACAGAUCGAAAAUUUGGGUGCCACAUUGGAUCAGUUUGAUACGAUCGAUCUCUCGGACAAUGAUCUACGCAAACUGGACAAUCUGCCACAUCUACCUCGGCUUAAGUGCCUGCUGCUGAACAACAAUCGCAUCUUGCGCAUCAGCGACGGCCUGGAGGAGGUUGUCCCUAAUCUGAGCUCCAUCAUAUUGACCGGAAAUAAUUUGCAGGAGCUGAGCGAUUUGGAGCCACUGACAGGUUUCAAGAAGCUGGACACAAUAUGUUUGCUCAUCAAUCCGGUGUCCACAAAGCCCAACUAUCGCGAGUAUAUGGCCUUUAAGUUUCCACAGUUGCGCUUGUUAGAUUUCCGAAAGAUCAAACAGAAAGACAGGCAGCUGGCACAGGAAUUCUUCCGCACCAAGCAGGGCAAAGAGAUGCUCAAGGAGGUGUCCAAAAAGUCCAAAAUAACAGCUGCCGCGGCACUGGCAGCGGAGGCGACCAACGGCAAAACAGCAACUGAAGGCGGACGUUUUGCUAAUCCCGAGGAUAUGCAGCGCAUCCGCGAAGCUAUCAAGCGUGCCAGCUCCCUGGCGGAGGUGGAACGACUGUCACAGAUACUGCAAAGCGGGCAGCUGCCCGAUAAGUUUCAGCAUGAACUGGGCCAAAAUGGUCUCAACGGCACGGCAGCCGCACCGGCCGUGGCCAUGGAUUACUAGCUCUAGUACUGUCGUCAGCUACCUUAUAACUGUAGAACAAUCUUUUAAUAAAUCGGUAAAAAAAAA